AAAAGUGCCCCGUAUCGAACGAAGCGGUGAACCAGGACAAUUUGACUGCAUGCGAUAAUAAGAUAUAUUGUGCAGUACAAGAUGAUAACAUGCAGUUAUUGAACAAUAAUAUCAGGCUUGGUUAAAACUCUGUUGCAAAAAAACUAAAUAAAAUGGGUUGUGCACCAAGUAAAGACGCGGUUACAGUGAUACAGAAUCAGAAUGGACACCAAUCUAAUCCACAAAGGAGAAACAGUGACCAUAAACCAGUAAGAGAAGAUGCUGAACAAGCUGAUACUAAGGUUGCUGUAGUGAAGAGCACUGAUAAUGUAGAGUCGAUCCCCAACCAUACACUGAGGACUAACGACAUUGAGGAGCUGUGUAUUCCUGAUGAUACGAAUCAUGGAUCAGAAAAGGAAGAGAAAUCAAGUUUAAUUGAAACUAACAGUGUGACUUCUGAAUCUAAACAUGAUCAACAACUGAUUGUGAUUCCUGUUGGAGAUCAGGAGGAGGAGAUACAGGAAGACAACAAUCAGGAGGAGGUUACUGAUGUAACUAAUAAGGAAGACAAGAUUUCAUUGGCUGAUGAUGCCAAUGACGAAAGUCAGGAAGAUGGAGGAAUCCAAAAUGGGAUAGAUGAUGUAGGAGAUAAUCAAGAUGACAAUGGACAACUCCAGGAAGUUGGAGACAAUCAGGAAAAUGGACAGUCACAGGAAAUGGAAGAAAGUCCGGAGAAUGAACAAUCUCAUAAUGAGGAUGAUAACCAGGAAAUUGGGGAUAGAUCUGAAAAUACCCAGAAUGAAGUAGGAAGACAGGAAGUAAUGUUAGUUACAUCCAGGCUAGAGACAUCUGAAGAGGAUCCUAGAGAGACUGAUGAGACAGAGGAGGAUAACAUGACUGUGGCAGAUGAAGAAAACAUUGUGACAGACCAAACCAGUCUCCCAAAUGUCCCUCCUAAUCCGCGUCCAGCAAAUUUUGCAGCUCUUUAUGGUUCGAACAACUCUAAAUGGCCCAUCAGGAACUAUGUCAAAUUGGAGUUUCCUGUAAAUGCUUCCCAUGGUGGAGGUGCAGCACUUCUCCUGUGUUCUAACAGCUAUGGCGGCAAGGGUCCAGAGACUACCGCAGAAAUCAUUCUGGCACGGUCAGGAUUUGAUUGUAAUCAUUUUGGAACAUCAAGCAUUAUCAAAGGAAAUACUGGUCACUUUGGUUGUCAAAAUCAUUUUAUGACAAAUGAAGAAGGGCUGUUAGUGGGGAACUUGAUGUUUGGAACUAACAAGGUGAUGGUGUUGUCCAAUGAUUGUCAGUAUGGUGAUCUCAGUAAUGGUGUCCAGAUCAACCUUCCUAAGGCCACUAAUGGCCGCUAUAGACUCUUCACUAACAGUAAUAGUACUGUGUGUAUGCUGGCCCUUUGUAGCAGUCCUGAGGGAAAUGCUGCCUAUAUGGUACGAACAGGCUUCAAAGACAGCUUUGUGGAGGCCAAACUGAUCCACGGUGAUGACAAGUGGAAGUUUGAUGGGAACACUGAUGGAGAAGUGGAUUGUGAAGGACCAGGGGACUCAUUCUUCUCUAUUUAUAUCAACAAACCGGACAUGGUUAUAUCUGACAGCAGCUUUAAGAGGUCACGGGUCCUCUUCACUCAGGCUACAGAUGGUCAGGAGCCGACACUCAUCCUCGACAACCAGGAACCUGGUGUCCUAAUGGUUCUGUGCUCCAACAGUGUUGGAACAGAGAAUGACACAGCUGCAGCAAUCUACAUGGUUACUAUCUCUUCCAACUCGGAGGUCUCUACCAAACUUGUGACUUCAAGUCAUGGUCAAUCUGGUUACUCCAGUGCUGACCUAUGGGUGUUCGAGUCGGUAAAUGGGAAGUGUAUCAGUGUGAAGGGUCCCCCUGGGCCUUGUAGGUACGCCACACUAUCCAACCUAGAGCAGAAAGGAGAAACAAGUAUCAACCAGACCAUAUGUCUGGGUUCAGGAGAACCUUCCUGUCUUCAGGGAGAGGUCACAAUCACAGACAAAAUGGUAAAAGGAAUCUUAGACCGACCAUCUAAAGUUCUUAUAAAGGUCAAUCAUGCAAUUGUUGCAUCAUUCAAGCCAGGACAACUACGACAAGUCAAAGAUGGGUACGCAUUCUGCAGGGAGUGGAAACAAGGGGAGAUAACUAAUGGAACAUCACUUGUAAGGGUCUUUGCAUCAAGAAAACAUGUCACCAGUGGAAAAAAUGUGAUGAUAGAACUGAAGGCAUCACCUACGAGACUCAUUACACAGAAGGAGGGGGUGGCUUAUGCUCUUAACUGCGGCGGCUAUGACUACACCAGUGUGAAGGAUAUAACCUACGCCAGUGAACACAAGCGCUUUUGUCAGUAUCACACAAACAACAAUAACGGAUGUAGAUACUCAGCAUAUGGUGAAGUUAAAAUCCAUACUGGAAUUCCGUCCCUACUCAUGGCUACUGAUGAUGGAGCUCUAUAUGCUACACUACGUCAUUUCUCCACGGAAGCCAUUUAUGAACAGAAAGUCCACUAUGAUGUGACGGUGCCCAAUGGAUCCUACAUACUUCGUCUGCACUUUGUACAUAGAAUUUCACGUAAUGUGCAGUUCCUGUGUAAUGGAGUCAAUAUCGCUGGCAAUAUUGAGAAGGCAUCCAAUUUGAAUAAAGACUUCCUGAAGGAGCACGGCGGCUACACAACAUACAUAGCUGAUGUGCCAGUAUCGGUGACUGACAACACAUUGUCUAUCAGAUCGGCUAAACAGGCUAUCUGUGCAUUUGCUCUACUCGACGAGAGUAAGUUUGAGGAAAAGAAACAGACAGCCGAGCAGAUAAAGGAAGAACAGUCAGAGAAACAGAAACUCAUGGACACUAUUGAUCCUCUGGGUCGAUCACUAACCAGGAAACAACUCAAAAUUGUUGGCUGGUCCGCCAAUCUCCUCAAAAAUGGAAGCGGGGAGGAAGGGAACCUUUCCCACUGGAACACCUCUGGAAACUGGAACGUAUGUGAGGGAGGCUAUGGUACAGAAAAAGCUUUCCAGACGUCUCACAUGGACUGCCGUAAAUAUCAGGAAGUGGAUCUACUGGAGCAUUUCUCUGCAGAAUAUCUGGACACAGCACCAGAUAUCCAGGUAUCUGAAUGGUAUCGGGAGGGUGUAUGUGGCGGUGGAUUCUACAGCUACGAGGCUAAGCUCUUGGAUGGAGACGGCAAGGCCAUCAAGAGUUUUAGCACUGGCAGACUGGGAACUCUCUAUAAAGAUAAAGAGUGGAUGAAUGCCACUACUACAUUCAAAGAUUAUGGACCUGGAGCUCGUUUGGUUGGAAUAACGUCAUUUGGUAAGGAUGAUAAGUACUGGGCCGGCCACUACGGUCCACUGAUGUCCACUUCCGUUGUGAGGGUGAAGAGAGAGACACAACCAGCACCUGAUGAUAGUUUCACAGACAUACAGAUCAAUCCAGCAGAGGCAGCCUUUACUGCCAAUCGAGACAAACUUGUUGUGAAGAUGUUUAGUGAUAACAAGGAUCUCAUCAUGGAACUUGUAGAAGACAAAGUGUUGAAGGACCCUGAGGUGAUCAACCAGAAGUACAUACCUGGUAGAAACAGAAAGCCACGUAAACACAGAAAGAGAGAGAUUCGGGUUUUUGUGUCGAGUACUUUCAAAGAUUUCAGUGAUGAGAGAGAACAACUUAUCAAGAAAACCUUCAGAGAGAUCAACAAAAUGUGCUCCGAGAGAGGUGUUUUCUUCACCUAUGUUGACCUGCGAUGGGGAAUUAGUGAUGAACAGUCAAAGACUGGCCAGACUAUUGCAAUAUGUCUUCAGGAGAUUGACCGGUGUAGGCCAUAUUUCAUCUGCAUGCUUGGUCAGAGGUUUGGCUGGUCAAAGCCUGAAGACAAGGAAGAUGAAGCUCUGAUGAAAAGUUUUGACUAUGCUAUUGAGAAUCACCCCAACCUAGGGUGGAUUGAUCAAUACAGGGACAAUACUAGUGUUACACAGUUAGAGGUGCUUCAUGGUGUGUUGAAUAACAUUCAAGGAAGUAAACAAAGAAGUUUCUUUUACCUCCGAGACCCUCCAGUAAAAUCAGAGAUGAGUGACAGCGAUUAUACAAAAAGAUCGGCUGAGUCUGAAUGGCAUUUUGAUCGCCAGUCCCAGCUAAGGACCAGAGUAGGAACCAAUGAUGAGCUCAACACUCGCAAGUUUGCCAGUCCUGAGGAAGUGUGUGUUAUGAUAAAGGAGGACCUGGAGAUUUGUGUGAAUGAGGACUUCCCAAUCGGUACAGAGUUAACUCCCUUGGAGCGAGAACAGGAAGCUCACCAGGCAUUUGGUGAUGCGAGGACACAGGUGUACAUUGGACGAGAACAGUACUUUAUUGACAUUGACAAAGUCAUGGAGGAAAAAACUGAUCAGCCAUUUGUUUUACUAGGAGAAUCAGGAUCAGGAAAGUCUGCACUUGUGGCUAACUGGGUAAAGCGUGUCCGUGAGAAGGAAAAGGAUAGUUUUGUCUUUGUCCAUUUUAUCGGCAGUUCAGCUGAGAGUGCUUCCUACCUGAAAUUAUUGCGCAGGUUGUAUGAGGAGCUGAAGGAAUAUUUUGACAUUGAACUGAAUGUGCCUACAUCUGACACCAAUUUGGUACUUGACCUCAGCCGCUGGAUCAAGUUGGCUGCAUCCCGAGGCCGAUGUGUGAUUGUGUUUGAUGCUCUAAACCAACUAAACGACGGUUCUGGCGAGGAGGGUGGUGAACAUGACCUACUGUGGAUCCCCAGGAAUCUACCUAAAAAUGUGUUUAUGUUGCUGUCUACACUCCCAGGACGGGCGUUUGAGGCAGUAAAGGCUGCUGGCUGGAGAAGUAUGAAGGUGGAACCACUGGAUAUGUCCCAGAAAAAGGAGAUUAUCAUUGGAUAUUUGGAGGGUGUUUACUCUAAGACUUUGAGUGACGAGCAGAAACAGUUGAUUAUUGAUGCCCCUCAGACCAACAAUCCUCUAUACCUACGCUCCCUCCUGGAUGAGGUAAGAGUUUAUGGCAGCUUCAGAACACUUACACAGAAAAUUCAAGAAUACCUUUUGGCAGGAAACCCUGGCGAUUUGUUUGCUAAGAUUCUUGAAAGGCUGGAGGGUGAUUUUGAAGAUGGUAUCGAUCAGAGUGCUACUAAGUGGACCAUAGCCAUGUGGAAAGAUUUGGUGAAGGACACCACCACAGCUAUUUGGUGUUCACAUCGAGGAAUGGCGGAAGGAGAACUUACUGAACUUCUAGAUGUGCCUAGUGCUGUAUGGUCCCCAUUCUAUCUCUCACUGGUGGAGAACUUGGUUAACCGCAAUGGUGUGGUGAACUUUUUCCAUGACCACCUGCGUCAGGCUGUGGAGAAGAAAUAUCUGCGUACACCAGAGGAGAAAAAAGAGAGCUUCAAACGACUGGCCGACUAUUUCUCCACCAAGAGUCUCGACGACCGUGUGGUGGAUGAGCUGCCAUUCCUACUGGGGAAGGCUGGGGAGCUGGAGCGACUCAAGGAGACCAUCAGUGACCUGAAGGUCUUCUCUCGACUGGCUCGAACAGAAGAUGGCAAGUUUGAGCUCACCAAAUCAUGGCAGUUGCUUGGAGACUACACUGAGGCAGAAGUCGCUUAUUUGGCCAAAUUGGAUGAGGUGAAGGAAGAAGACAAACAGUCACAGGACUACUCACAACUUCUGGAUCUACUGGGAGACUUCUUUCUCCAUCUUGGCCUGUUUAAAGCAUCCAGGGAUGUGAAUGAGCUGUUACUUGAACAGCUUGAGGCACGGUACACGGUAUCUCAUGGAACAGUUGUAUACAAAAUCAAUACUUACAACUGGAAUUAUCGCUGUAAACACCCCGAUGUCAUCAAGUCACUCCUCCAGCUAGGAAUUGUGUGUGAAAAACAAAUGGAACUGGAGGCUGGAGUCAAAUAUUACCAAGAAGCCAUCAGUCGACAGAACAGGAUCGAGACCCCUAGUCAGAAACUACAGCUGUGUGAAGGCCUACUAGGGCUAGCCACUGUGUACAACCUGCAAGAGAACAAAAGAGAGGCGAAGAAGUUGUUGGUUCGUUGUUUGGAGCUGGCCACGGAUGUUUUGGGUCCCAAACAUCACUAUGUGGCUGCCAUCUACAACAAGCUGGGAGAAUUGUCCUAUAGCCAGAACAUGCUGGACAAGGCUGUGGGUUACUUCCUCCAGGACUUGAAAUUGACCCGGAGUGAUGUCGGCAUGACUCAUCCGAGAAUUGCUGGAAUCCUCAGUGACCUGGCCAUUGUUUAUGAUGGUCGAACCGAUCCCUUGGCUGGUCAGAUCUACGAGACAGCAUUGGCCAUGUUGCUGGACACAUAUGGUCACUCCCAUGUGGACGUUGCUGUUGUUAGGUACAACCUGGGAACGUUUUACUUCGCAACCAACUACUUCGCCAAAGCUAAAUACCAACUACAAGAAUCUUACAAUGUGUUCCUCUCCUUCUUAGGAGCGGAACAUCCUGACACCAAAGCUGCCAAGGAGGCCAUGGAUGAAGUAGGGACUGUACCAAAGUAACGCAUACAUAUGUCUAACUGUAUUACUGCUACAGUAUAAUGUUAACACAAAAGUGUAAACCAUUUCAGCGGAAAGCAAUGCAUCAGUAAGGGCUAUUUUGAAUAAGAAGGAUUCUCUCUAUUUUACCUGCAUUUUCUUAUAAGGUCCUUUUAGACCACAACUUUAGAACUUAUCAAUGAACUGUGGGAUUAGAUAACGACUGGAGAUUGAAACAUUAUGGUGGUUAUAUAUCUGAUCUCUUUUUUUCUGUCAACAUCACUGGGAUUUAAGUGGGUUGAGCUGAAUGGAUUCAUGAUGUGGCUAUGUGUAUAUAUGCAUAGAUAGUUUUAAGGACAAUAAUUAUAUAGUAUUACAGGUAAUAGAAGAGUACUUAUUGAACAUUAAACGUCAAUCAUUGGACAUAAAAUGGGGUUUGAUUUAAGAAGUUAAUAAGAUAUGUUAUUGUCAUCAGAAGGAAAGCAGAAUUACUUGAUUCAUUUGUCAACAAUGAAUCAACACAACCUGUUUAAUUAGGCAAUGUUUUCUUCACAACCUGUUUAAUUAGUCAAUAUCUCCCCCUUUCAAAUGUAUUUUAUGGUCAAAUGACAGUCUAUGCAUAUCGCCCCUGUACCGCACAAAGAACAGUGUAACUUUGAGAUGACGGCUAAGCCUCGUAAAUCUGAAGACUGGUUUUCUGAAUAAGGUAAAGAUAUUGAAAGUUUAGUCUAUAUACGCCUACAUUCAGUAAAUGAAAAUAAGCGGCAAUCCAGAUCAGUAUACUCCGGCUCCGCGACAAUCAAAUGUAACAUACAUCUUUUUAUUGCUUUGUAUGUUGGAAAAUGUUACUCAAUAUUUAUAUGUGACUCGAUAUUUAUGAUUUUCGUAUUAUUAUACUUGAUAUUGUAAUUCAUGUUUAUAGCUCAAGUAUUUGAAACCCAUUUUUGCAAACAUUAUUUAAAUCCGUCCAUAUUUGUAAAUCAGUUACCCCGACAUUUGCGAAGGAAACACCGACCUUAUGUGGUGAACCUUUCCAAAGUAGCUUCGUAGGCUUUACAUUAUCACUGGGAAGUAAUUUGUCACAAAUAUGUCAACGAUUAAACAUUGAAUGACGUUGUAUGGUAUUAUAUUGUGGUAGUUACCGAAGUUACAGUUGUAUUCUCUGAGAGCAGUUUUGAUUUCGUGCAAUAUUACAUUUAUUUCCAUAUCGACCCAGAUUGACGUAAGAAAGACCAAAUUGCGUGAAGUUUAACUGUCGGGUUGAUGUGAUGUGGUGUUGGAAUAUCCUUACCAUUGUUAUUUUCGUGGAACCAUCUUACCACGGGGACUAGCGAUUAAUUAAACGACGGAACUUUGUCUAGUUCUUGUUAUAAAAGAUAUUUGUUUGCUGUGUUCAUUGACCCGUGAACAGCCAGGGUCAUUUAAACGAUGACAUAGACGAAUAAUUGUGUAGAAUACAAAAGGUAGAAAAAGCAAGGCUAUAUCAAUAUGGUUUUUUUUUGUAUGGCAUCCUCAUGAUUUACGCACGUAAAUUAUUAAGCGUCUUCUUUAAUGAAGCGUAUAUCAAUAUUCCGUUGGUGUUCAUAUACCAUUCUUUGUUCACCACGUUUAUAGCGACGAUUACACAAAUAUAAGUGACAGAAAUAUAAAGGAAUGCUUCUAUUUUUGUAACAUGGAUUGAAUCCAUCGUUCUUUAUAUAUGAGCAGUUGUUUUAUUUCCUCCUCCGUGCUUUGGGGUCAUUAGGUCAUUAAUGAACGCAAAAGUUAUUCAGUCUUAAAACGUUACAAUGAUAGAUGCAUAGGUUUGGAAAUAGAUUUCACACUCGCAAAUCUGUCCUGUCACUAGGAACAUAGGUCUGCAUACAUCGUUUCCUGGCAUAGGAAUAGAUAACAUACGUCACACAAGAAUGAUCUACAGGAAGUCAUGGUUAUUGAUAUUUGUAAAGAUUUAUUGCUGCAGACAACACAUGACUCAUGCCUUCCAAAAACUCACCAUCAGUAGAAAACAAUACUGCAUGCCAAUAUAUUUUCUAGUAAAACAUUCAAAUGUUACUCCACGAAAAUGAAAUUAGGAAUACACGGGCUACUGACCGAGUUGUAAGCGAUGGUACAGAUGUAAUUACUUGUUGACCCUAUGUUGAAGUGUGCUAUCUUCGGCUCUUGUUGGUAUGUGUAGCCGAAUACAACCUACGUAUAUGAUGAUAUUCCUUUGCUCACGCAGAGUGUAAGGUUAUGAUGCGGACACUAUUUAUGAUGCGGACACGAUACUGUACUUAAAUAUGUCUGCAAAAGACAUGUUGUUGUUAAAUAAAAACAAACGAGCCAGUGCCGACUUUAAGAUUCGUUUAUGAAAUAAUCGUCGAAUUUGAAUUGACAUUAUGUCUGUCUUAACGUACCCUGAUGCAUCGUCCAUGCAACACUCAGAGGUUUGAAAUUUGAUAUAUUUACAAAGAUAUUUUAUUGCAUGAGAUAUUUUUUAUUGUCUUGCUAUAUUCUCUAUGAUCUGAACCAUUUAGUUGGAAAACAAAACGAAAUGACUGUGUUAUUAUUUUUCGUACUUUUUAGAAAUAUUUAUAUAUAAUUAUUUAUUUAUACUUAUUAAUGCCAAAUUGAAUUGGGUACGACCUGUCGGUCUUCAGACGAUCAUAAACAGCUCGACAGCAAGUAAGGAAAUGUUUGAAUUUACGAAAUAUAAACAUCAUUUAUCAUACCCCGGUGGCCCCUCAACAGAGACGGGUUUUAAAUAUUGUCACAGAUCGGCGUUAUAGGGUAGAUAUAACUAUACUCAUCUUUAUACUGGUUGUUACAGAUCGGCGUUAUAGGGUAGGUAUAACUAUACUCAUCUUUAUACUGGUUGUUACAGAUCGGCGUUAUAGGGUAGAUAUAACUAUACUCAUCUUUAUACUGGUUGUUAAGGAUCGGCAUUACAAGGUAGAUAUAACUAUACUCGUCUUUAUACUGGUUGUUACAGAUCGGCGUUAUAGGGUAGAUAUAACUAUACUCAUCUUUAUACUGGUUGUUAAGGAUCGGCAUUACAAGGUAGAUAUAACUAUAUUCAUCUUUAUCCAGAUAUACGUAAUAGCUCACGUAUGUACUAAUGCUCAUUACUCAUCAAUUUUGUUUUCUUUUAUUAUAGCGCCACUAUUUUUGGUAAUUCCAAAGCUUUACA